AAAUACAUCGAACACUCCAUCAACAUCAUCGCUAGAUAUUGUCUUUGUUUGAAGAAAUAAACAUAUAAUACACAAAGAAGGACAUGGAUCAACAUGAUGGAGAAAUGUUUAUGAUGUAACUUUAAAUUAAGAAAAAUGUACAGGAUGUGACAAAAAAAAUCUGGAGGACAAAUUUUUAAAUUACAAAACGUAAAUAACAAUAAUAUAUUUUUAAACAGACAAAAUAUAUGGGAUUAUUUAAACAGUUUUAAAAUGUAACAAAAAACGAAUGGACAAAACAAGAAGUUUAUAUUGUUUCAAAAGAGUGACACAAAAGUAGGGUGUUCAGGACUGGGCCGGUCCAACAUCUGUCACCUGAAACCUGACCCACGUUCACCCUGCAGUCCAGAGGUUGAGUUCUGACAGGGCGCAACAAUGAUCUGCGUGGGGAACAAAGACCCGUUGCAGAAGGGCCCGAUGACAUUGUUUCACCUCUUUAGCCAGAGUUGCUGACGGUGGUCAAACCUUUAAAAUGGCCCCUCUCUCCUGACCCAUUCUUGCCACUCUGUCCGCUCACAAACGCAGAACUGGACCGUGAUAAUGCUCGCGAGGCAGCGUUGGUCUUACUAACGCAGCUGGUUUGAAGAUCGUGGUGAGGAAUCAUUAAAUGCCAUCAGACUGAGAAGAGCCUGCUGAGAAGUUUCCCAGAGACCUGCCAACACGUCCGGACUGAGACUGCCCCCCGUCUUAUCAGGAUGGAUGGUGACAGAGAGCUGUCCUCCAUGGUGCAGGAGCUGUGGGACAACGACGUCAACAGACUCACGCCUGGAGUCGACUACAGCAUCUCCCUGCAGGGCAAAGCUGGGCAGAACAUGGCCGUCCACGACGACAACGACGCAGCGGGAUAUCCCCUCUUCACCUUCGUGGACGAAAACAUCUUCAAGAAGGAGACGUUUCUAGCGUUCAUCUCCCUGCUGGACAACUACGAGAGCGACACUGGUGAACCUGAAAUCGUGACGGCAGAAGAGGAGGCAGAGAACCACAAGUUUCUGGACUCCAUCGUUCAGACCGCCACGAUGAAGAUCGCUCAUAAAUACUUGGUGGAGAAGAAUCUCUCUCCCGCCGAUGAGAGGGAGUUCAAGGCGCAGCUGUACACCAUCUGGUUUGAGCUGUACGCCAGGAGAGGCUCCAGCAGACCGGACUCUUCGGGUUUCGAACACGUGUUCGUGGGAGAGACGAGAGGCGGGCGGACGGUCAUCGGCUUUCACAACUGGAUCCAGCUCUACUUGCAAGAGAAGCUGGGACACAUCGAUUACAAAGGCUACAGUGUCACUGCUAACUCACCGCUGCCUGACGCUGACAAGCACAUCCUGGCUCUGCAGUUCAGCUGGAAGAACGGGAUAAAGCCCAAGGGCAGCAUCUUCAUCGGCGUCAGUCCAGAGUUCGAGUUCGCCCUCUACACGCUCUGCUUCCUCACCUCGCCGAACGAGCGCGUCAAAGUCCAGUUUGGCCUGUACGACGUGGAGAUCGUGUGCCACCACCAUAACCAGAAACACAUAGGAACCACGUACCCCGUGCUGCUCAAGUACCAGUAGCAAUGUUGCAUCUUUCAAAAUGGCCAAACCUUGUCUUUUUAUUUUGUGUCAAGAUUCAAUA